CUCCGCUGUAUCACUGGAGCCCGGCCAGUUCGCAGCUGCAGCCUCCCAGUGAAGGCAGCUGAGCGCGCCGCAGCAGCCACAGCCCUCCUGGAAGGCAGCGGUGCUGCGCGGCCACUGUCGGGAGAGCUCCUCCGCCAGGACCCGAGCCCCGAGGGAGGCGAAGGAUGCAGCGGGCGCAGCCCUAGGCAGCCAGCGAGGUCCGAGCCGCAGAGUCCCCCAGCUUUGCUCAGGGUCCGAUAGCUGGUGCUUUGACGAGAACAAAAUGAGGAAGCAUCGACAUUUGCCUCUUGUGGCAAUCUUCUGCCUUUUAGUCUCAGGUUUCGGGGUGACUGAUGCUCAAGAGGCUGUCCAAACGAGUGCUGCUGCAGAUAUAAUCUUUCUAGUGGAUUCCUCUUGGAGCAUUGGCAAAGAACAUUUCCAGCUAGUUCGGGAGUUUCUCUAUGAUGUUAUAGAAUCUUUAGCUGUGGCAGGAAGUGAUUUUCGUUUUGCCUUGGUCCAGUUCAAUGGAAACCCACACACUGAGUUCCUGCUAAACACAUACCGUACUAACCAAGAGGUCCUGUCCCAUAUUGCCAACAUGACCUACCUGGGGGGAGACAGCAAGACUGGCAGAGGCUUACGAUACGUGAUACAGAACCAUCUGACUCCGGCUGCCGGGAGCCGGGCGAGGGAUGGCGUCCCCCAGGUUAUCGUAGUGUUAACCGACGGACGAUCCCAGGAUGAUGUGGCCGGGCCUUCGGCAGAACUGAAGUCCGCCGCCGCCGUGGACGUGGUUGCCAUUGGCGUGCAGGACGCAGAGGAAGGAGAGCUCAAGGAGAUGGCCACUGAACCCCUUGAUUUGCAUGUUUUCAACCUAGAGAAUUUUACCGCCCUCCAUGACAUAGUAGGAAACUUAGUGGCCUGUGUCCGUUCCUCCAUGGUUGCGGACAUUGCCGGGGCGCCAGAGAUACCUAAAGACAUCACAGCGCAAGAAUCUGCUGACCUUAUUUUCCUUAUUGAUGGAUCAGACAAGACUGGAAGUGCCCAUUUUGCAGCCAUUCGAGAUUUCCUUGUAAAUUUCCUUGAGAGACUUCCCAUUGGAGCUCGGCAGAUCCAAGUUGGGGUAGUGCAGUAUAGCAAUGGGCCCAGAACCGCCUUCUCUUUGAACAGCUACUCCACAAAGGCUGAUGUUUUGGAUGCGGUGAAGGCUCUUAGGGUCAUUGGGGGUGAGGAGACGAAUGUGGGGGCUGCCCUGGACUUCGUGGUGGAGAACCACUUCACCCAGGCGGGAGGCAGCCGAGUGGAGGAAGGGGUUCCCCAGGUGCUAGUGCUCAUAAGUGGCUCUCAGUCGACUGAUGACAUUAGAGAUGGGGUGGUCGCCUUAAAGCAAGCGAGUAUCUUUUCAUUUGGCCUCGGGGCCCAGGGGGCCGACAGGGCAGAGCUCCAGCACAUUGCUACCGAUGAAAAUUUCGUGUUUACCACCCCGGAAUUUCGUAGCCUUGGCGACUUACGAGAAUACUUACUGCCCUACAUUGUUGGCGUGGCCCAAAGAACAAUUGUGUUGCAGCCCCCAACCAUUGUCACUCAAGUCAUUGAAGUCAACAAGCGAGAUAUAGUCUUCCUGAUAGAUGGCACGUCUACACGGGGAUCGGCCAACUUCAAUGCCAUCCGCGACUUCCUUUACAAAGUGGUCCAGAAGCUGGAAAUCGGGCAGGAUCUGAUUCAGGUGGCCGUGGCCCAGUACGCAGACACCGUUAAGCUGGGCUUUCAUUUCAAGGACUUCCAGUCCCGAAGGGAUGUCCUCAGUGCCAUUCGGAGGCUGCGGCCCAUUAAUGGCACGGUGCUCUACACAGGGGCUGCCCUUGACUAUGUCAGGAACAACUUCUUUAAUGGUUCUGUUGGAUAUCGAGCCAGCGAAGGGGUUCCUAAACUCCUGGUGUUGAUCACGGGAGGUAAGUCCCUCGAUGACAUCAGCUAUCCAGCCCAGGAACUGAAGAGGAGCGGCAUCAUGGCCUUUGCCAUUGGGAGCCCAAUGGCAGACCGAACGGAGCUAGAAGAGGUUGCCUUUGACCCCUCUUUGGUGUUCGAACCGGCGGAAUUCCGACCUGGGCCCAUGCAAGCCAUCCUACCUGGCUUUCUAUCGCCAUUAAGAACCCUUUCUGGAACCACCCAAGUUCCUGUAAACAAAAGGGAUAUCAUCUUUCUUUUGGAUGGAUCACUCAACGUGGGAAACGCCAACUUCCCUUACGUGCGCGACUUUGUAAUGAACUUAGUAAACAGCCUCGAUGUGGGCUAUGACAAUAUCCGGGUCGGUUUAGUUCAAUUUAGCGACACUCCCGAGACUGAGUUCUCCCUAGACACAUACCAGUCCAAGUCAGAUUUGCUUGCUCGCCUGCGGCAGUUGCAACUCAAGGGGGGGUCCACUCUGAACAUUGGCUCGGCGCUCGAUUUUGUGCGCUCCAAUCAUUUCACGGAAGCUGGCGGGAGCCGGAUCCAUGAGAACAUCCCUCAGCUCCUCCUCCUGCUCGCUGCCGGGCAGUCGGGGGAUUCUUACUUGCAAGCUUCCAAUGCUUUAGCCCGAGCCGGAGUCCUGACCUUUUGCGUGGGUGCUAGCCAGGCUAAUAAGGCAGAACUCGAGCAGAUUGCAUUUAACCCCAGCCUGGUCUAUCUUAUGGAUGAUUUCAGUUCCCUACCAGCCUUGCCACAGCAAUUGAUUCAGCCCCUAACCACAUAUGUUAGUGGUGGCGUGGAAGAAGUUCCACUUGCCCCGACAGAAGGCCAGCGGGACAUUCUUUUCCUCUUCGAUGGCUCAGCCAACCUCAUUGGCCAGUUCCCCGCCGUCCGGGACUUCCUCUACAAGAUUAUCGAUGAGCUCAAUGUGAAACCUGAUGGCACUCGGAUAGCCGUCGCCCAGUACAGUGACAACGUCAAAGUGGAGUCCCGUUUUUCUGACCACCAGAGCAAGACAGAUCUCUUGAAUCAUGUGAAACGGAUGAAGAUCAAGGGAGGCAAACUCCUCAACGUGGGUCAGGCCCUGGACUUUGCCCAGAGGAAUCUCUUUGUGAAGUCGUCUGGGAGUAGAAUUGAGGAAGGAGUGCCUCAGUUCCUUGUCCUUCUGGCAGCUGGCAGGUCGACCGACCGUGUGGAUGGGCCGGCCCAGAACCUGAGACAGGUUGGCAUCAUCCCGUUCAUUUUCCAAGCAAAGAAUGCAGACCCUGCGGAAUUAGAAAGGAUCGUGCCCUCCCCUGCCUUUAUCCUAGCUGCCGAGUCUCUGCCCAAGAUCGGAGAGCUUCAGCCACAGAUUGUGAAUCUCUUAAAAACUGUCCAAAAUGGCGGACCCUCACCAGGUCCCGGGGAGAGGAAGGACAUCGUCUUCCUGAUCGACGGCUCUGACAGGGUCAGAAGCGACUUCCCUUUCCUGAAGGACUUUGUUCGGAAAGUGGUGGAGAGCCUGGACGUGGGCCCCGACCGUGUCAGGGUGGCCGUGGUGCAGUUCAGCGAGCGAGCCCGGCCCGCGUUCUACCUGAACUCCUACUCCGACCAACGGGCUGUGCUCCAGGCCGUCCGCCAGCUGUCCCCGCUCGGCGGCGCGUCCCUGCACACGGGCUCCGCCCUGGACUUCGUCCUGAGGAACGUCCUGGUGGAGUCGGCGGGGAGCCGGAUGGCCGAGGGCGUCCCCCAGGUCCUGAUCGUCCUCAGCGCAGGCAGGUCCCAGGACGACAUCCAGGGCCCCGCGGUGCUCCUGAAGAGGAGCGGCGCCGUGCCCUUCGGCAUCGGCAUCGGCCACUCCGAUGACGCCGAGAUGCGGACCAUCUCCUACGUCCCCGACUUUGCUGCCGUCAUCCCCACCUUCCAGCAGCUGGCUCACGUGCAGCAGCUCGUCUCGGAGAAAGUGAUUCUGCUCAGCCAGGAGGAGCUGCAGAAGAUCAGGCCGGCGCUGCCUCUUCCACCGCCAGGGGCUGGUAGCAAGAGGGACGUGGUCUUCCUCAUCGACGGCUCCCAGAACACGGUGCAGGAGUUCUCGUACAUCCGCGCCUUGAUCGAGAGUCUCAUCGAAGAGCUGGACGUGGGCUUCGACACCACUCGGGUGGCGGUGAUUCAGUUCAGCGAGGAUCCCCGGGUUGAGUUUCUGCUGAAUGCCCACAGCAGCAAGGAUGACGUCCAGGCGGCCGUGAGGAGGCUGCGUCCCAAGGGUGGCCGGCAGAUCAACGUGGGCAGCGCUCUGGACUACGUGUCCAAGAACAUCUUCCGGAGGCCGCUGGGGAGCCGCCUUGAGGAGGGGGUGCCGCAGUUCCUGGUGCUCAUCUCUUCGGGGAGGUCCAGCGACGACGUGGAGGAUGCUGCGGCACACAUCAAGGAGACUGGGGUGGCCCCCUUCACCGUGGCCCGCAACGUUGAUCCCGAGGAGCUGGUCAGGAUUUCUCUGAGCCCUGAGUACGUAUUCUCAGUGAGCACCUUUAGGGAGCUGCCGAGCCUGGAACAGAAGCUGCUGACCCCCAUCACCACCCUGACCUCGGAGCAGAUAAAGAGCAUCCUGAGUCAAACACCGCACCCAAGACCAGAUGUAGAAGGCAACGCUGCCGACAUUGUCUUCCUCGUUGAUUCCUCGGACAGCGUCAGGCCAGAAGGGAUAGUCCACAUUCGAGAUUUCAUCCGCAACAUCGUCAGGAAGUUCGACGUGGGCCCCAACCGCAUCAGGAUUGGCUUGGCGCAGUUCAGCAACGAAGUCUUCCCAGAGUUCUACCUGAGGACCCACAAGUCGCAGAGUGACGUGCUGGAAGCCAUCCGGCGCCUGCGGUUCCGUGGGGGCUCCCCCCUCAACACCGGCAAAGCUCUGGAGUUUGUGGCCAAGAACUUUUUCGUGAAGUCGGCGGGGAGCAGGAUAGAAGACGGGGUCCCGCAGCAUCUCGUGUUGUUUCUCGGAGGGAAGUCACAGGACGACGUGUCGAGGGCCGCCAGAGUGAUGAGCUCCUCGGGCAUCAUCAGAGUCGGUGUGGGGUCCCGGAACGUCGACCGGACCGAGCUGGAGACCAUCACCGGCCGGGACUCCAGACUCAUCUUCACCAUCAGAGAAUUUAGGGACCUUCACAACAUCGAGAGCCAAGUCCUAAGCUCGUUCGGACCGUCAGGAGUGACUCCCACGCCUCCUGGCCCGUUUUCUCCUCCUACCCUAGUCCCAAAGAAAGCUGACAUCGUCUUCCUGCUGGACGGCUCCAUCAACUUCAAGAGGGAUAACUUCCAGGAAGUUCUCCGCUUCGUCUCGGGGAUAGUGGACACCAUUUACGAGGGGGGCGACUCCAUCCAGGUGGGCCUCGUCCAAUACAACUCAGACCCCACCGAUGAGUUCUUCCUCAAGGACUUCUCCACCAAAGAGGAGAUCCUCGAUGCGAUUAACAAAGUGGUCUACAAAGGCGGGAGGCAAGCCAAUACGUUGGUGGGCCUCGAGCACCUCCGGAAGAACCACUUUGUGCCCGAGGCCGGCAGUCGCAUCGACCAGCGCAUCCCUCAGAUCGCCUUCGUGAUCACCGGCGGGAGCUCUGUGGAAGACGUGGAGGAGGCCACCCGGGCCCUGUCCCAGAAAGGGGUCAAGGUGUUCGCCGUUGGGGUGAGGAACGUCGACUUGAGGGAGGUAUCGAGGAUCGCCUCCAACAGCGCCAUCGCCUUCCGAGUGAGCAACGUCCAGGAGCUGUCCGAGCUGAGCGAGCAAGUGCUGGAGACGCUGCACGAUGCCAUGCACGAGACGCUGUGUCCCGGCGUGCCGGACGUCUCCCGAGCCUGCCACCUGGACGUGAUCCUGGGCUUCGACGGCUCCCCGGACCAGAACGUGUUCGUGUCUCAGCGGGGCCUCGAGGCCAAGGUGGACGCCGUCCUGAGCCGGGUCACCCAGCUGCAGAGGAUCAGCUGCACCGGCAGCCAGGAGCCCACCGUGAGGGUGGCCGCCGUGGCCUACACGCCCUCCGGGCCCGUGGAAGGCUUCGACUUCUCCGCCUUCCAGCCUGACCUGUUUGAGAAGUUCCAGACGAUGCGCAACCAGCACCCCUACGUGCUGACGGCCGACACGCUCAAGGCCUACCAGAGCAAGUUCAGGAGCUCCCCGGCGGGCAGCGUGAAGGUGGUGAUUCACUUCACCGACGGGGUAGACGGAGACCUGGCCGCACUGCACAGAGCCUCGGCCGAGCUGCAGGAGGAAGGGGUGAAGGCCCUCAUCUUUGUGGGCCUGGAAAGGGCCGCCAACUACGACAACGUGAUGCAGCUCGAAUUUGGUCGGGGCUUCACCUACAACCGGCCGCUGGCGGUGAGCUUGAUGGACCUGGACUACGAGUUGGCGGAACAGCUUGAUAGCAUUGCCGAGAGAGCUUGCUGUGGCGUUCCCUGCAAAUGUUCUGGGCAAAGAGGAGACCGAGGACCUCUGGGCAGCAUCGGGCCAAAGGGUAUGCCUGGAGAAGACGGCUAUCGAGGUUACCCUGGGGAUGAAGGUGGACCAGGGGAACGUGGGCCUCCAGGGGUGAACGGCACUCAAGGUUUCCAAGGAUGCCCAGGCCAGAGAGGAACAAAGGGUUCCCGUGGAUUCCCAGGAGAAAAGGGAGAAUUGGGAGAGAUAGGUCUGGAUGGACUGAAUGGAGAAGAGGGAGACAAAGGAUUGCCAGGUUCUUCUGGAGACAGGGGCAGUGCUGGUAGAAGGGGCGACAGAGGUGCUAAAGGAGAAAAAGGAGAAAGAGGAGACAUGGGAAUUCGAGGCGAUCCGGGUGAAAUUGGACGGGACAGUCAACAGCGAGGACCCAAAGGAGAAAAGGGUGAAAUCGGCCCAAUGGGAGUGCCUGGACGUGAUGGGAGGUCCGGCGGGCCUGGAGGCGUUGGCAAGGAUGGCGGCCCUGGGCGGAGAGGACCCCCGGGAGGGAAGGGCAACAAAGGCGGCCCAGGACAACCGGGAAUCUCCGGAGAAUCAGGAGCACGAGGGCCCCAGGGUCCACCUGGCCCAACUGGGCCCCCAGGCUUAAUUGGUGAACAAGGCAUUCCUGGACCGAGGGGAGGUGGUGGGACCCCUGGAGUCCCUGGAGAUCGUGGCCGGCCUGGUCCCCUGGGAGCUAAGGGCGAGCCUGGAGAUCCUGGCCCAAAGGGAGGAAAUGGACCACGUGGACCUCGAGGAGAGAUGGGAGAUGACGGGCGAGACGGCAUGGGCCUUGAAGGACAGAAAGGCAAAAAAGGAGAGCGUGGAUUCCCUGGAUAUCCGGGACCAAAGGGUGCUCCGGGUGACCGAGGUGGGGAUGGAGGACCAGGGCCGAAAGGAAGCCGAGGCCGCCGGGGAAAUUCAGGCCCGCCUGGAGGAGUUGGACAGAAGGGAGACCCAGGCUACCCAGGACCAUCCGGCCAUAAAGGCAUCCGAGGAGAGUCAGUCGAUCAAUGCAGCCUGAUUCAGAGCAUCAAAGACAAAUGCCCUUGCUGCUACGGACCGCUGGAAUGCCCGGUUUUCCCAACAGAACUCGCCUUCGCUUUAGACACCUCACAAGGCGUCAGUCAAGAUUCUUUCAGCCGGAUGAGGGACGUCCUUCUGAAAAUCGUGGGCGACUUGACCAUAGCAGAGAGCAAUUGUCCCCGAGGAGCCCGGGUGGCCGUCGUGACCUACAACAACGAGGUGACCACAGAGAUCCGCUUCCCGGAUUCCAAGCGGAAGGCCCUGCUCCUGGACCGCAUCCGGAACCUUCAGGUGCCCUUGACGUCCAAGGAACGCAGCUUGGAGACCGCCAUGGCCUUCGUGGCCAGGAACACAUUCAAGAGGGCUCGCAGUGGCUUCCUCAUGAGGAAGGUGGCCGUCUUCUUCAGCAACGGCCUCGUCCGGGCCUCCCCUCGGCUCAAUGAGGCGGUGCUCAAGCUGUCCGAUGCAGGAAUCACCCCCUUGUUCCUGACCAGCAGAGAGGAUCGGACCCUCAUCAACGCCCUGCAGAUCAAUAACACAGCCGUGGGCCAUGCUCUGGUUCUCCCCUCUGGAAGGAACCUCAAUGACUUCUUGAAGAACGUGCUGACUUGCCAUGUCUGCUUGGAUAUAUGUAAUCCUGACCAGUCGUGUGGAUUCGGCAGCUAUAGACCCGCCUUCAGGGACAGGCGAGCUGCAGGCAGUGAUGUGGACAUUGACAUGGCCUUCAUCUUGGACAGCUCUGAGACCACGACCCCGUUUGCAUUCAAUGAGAUGAGGAAAUACAUUGCCUACACAGUCAAGCAGCUGGACAUCAGUCCUGACCCCAAGAUGUCCCAGCACCUCACCAGAGUGGCAGUCCUCCAGCACGCACCCUGGGAGCAUGAGGGCAAUUCCAGCUUCCCCCCUGUCCGCGUGGAACUCUCUUUAACGGAUUAUGGCUCCAAGGACAAGCUGGUCGACUUCCUCAGCAACCACAUGACCCUGUUGCCUGGGACCAGGGCCUUGGGCAACGCCAUUGAGUACACCAUAGAAAGCAUCUUUGAAAGUGCACCCAACCCUCGGGACCUCAAGAUAGUGGUGCUGAUGGUCACGGGAGAAGUGAAGAAGGCUGAGCUCGAUGACCUGCAGAGGAUCAUCGUCCAGGCCAAGUGCAAGGGCUACUUCUUCGUUGUGCUGGGCAUCGGUCGAAACGUCAACGUCAAGGAUGUCUACAGCUUUGCCAGUGAGCCCAACGAUGUCUUCUUCAAACUGGCGGACAAGCCCACGGAGCUCAAUGAAGAGCCAUUACUACGCUUUGCCAGGCUGUUGCCCUCAUAUGUCAACAGUGAAAACGCCUUUUAUUUGUCUCCGGAUAUCAGGAAGCAAUGCGAUUGGUUCCAAGGGGACCAGCCAGCCAAGAAUCCUAUCAAGUUGGGCCAAAGGCAAAUACACGUUCCUAACAACGCGACCUCUGUUUCUACACCCAAGCCUGUGACUACCACAAAACCCACGACUUCAGCAACUCUACCUUCUGUCAAGCAGAACCCUGUAAAAGUGCACCCUGUCAAUCCAGCAGCUGCUCAUCCCCCUGUAAAGCAGGUCUCUGCCCAGCCAGGUCCUGUGAAGCAGGCCCCUGCUCAUUCAGCCCCUGUAAAGCAGGCCCCUGCUCAUUCAGCCCCUGUAAAGCAGGCCCCUGCUCAUUCAGCCCCUGUAAAGCAGGCCCCUGCUCAUUCAGCCCCUGUAAAGCAGGCCCCUGCUCAUUCAGCCCCUGUAAAGCAGGCCCCUGCUCAUUCAGCCCCUGUAAAGCAGGCCCCUGCUCAUUCAGCCCCUGUAAAGCAGGCCCCUGUUCAUUCAGCCCCUGUAAAGCAGGCCCCUGCUCAUUCAGUCCCUGUAAAGCAGACCCCUGCCCAUCCAGCCCCUGUGAAGCAGGACCCUGCCAAUCCCAUUUCUGCUAAUUCAGUCCCUGUAAAGCAGGCCCCUGCUCAUUCAGCCCCUGUAAAGCAGGCCCCUGUUCAUUCAGCCCCUGUAAAGCAGGCCCCUGCUCAUUCAGUCCCUGUAAAGCAGGCCCCUGCCCAUCCAGCCCCUGUGAAGCAGGACCCUGCCAAUCCCAUUUCUGCUAAUUCAGUCCCUGUAAAGCAGGUCCCUGAAAAUCCUGUUGCUGCCCACCCAUUCCCCGUAAAGCAGGCCCCUGCUGACCCAGCCCCCGCAAAACCAGCCCCAGCAAACCCCGCUCCAGUAGCGAGGCCAGUCGCCUCGAAGCCAGCUGCUGCAAAGCCAGUGGCUACAAAACCUGUGACUCCAAAACCACUCGCCACCAAACCACAGGCCACGAAGCCACUGUCCUCAAAGCCAGCAGUUAAGACAAGCAGAGAAGUCCACGUCUCUGAGAUCACGGAGAACAGUGCCAGGCUUCGCUGGGUCAAUCCUGACCAACCCAACCCUUAUAUUUAUGACCUCACCAUCACCUCCACGCAUGACCGCUCUGUUGUCCUGAGACAGAACCUCACUGUGGCCGAACGGGUCAUUGGAGGACUUGUUGCUGGACAGACAUAUCAUGUAGCCGUCGUCAGCUACCUGAAAUCCCAGGUCAAAGCGACCUACGAGGGAAUGUUCACUACACGGAAGACCCAGCCUCCACCACCUCAGCCGCCACGGUCAGCUUCAAGUGCCACCGUCAACCUCAUGGUGAACUCUGAGCCGUGGAAAGGGAAGGAAGCAGAUAUCUGCAAGAUGCCCCAGGAAAUCGGGACUUGUGGAAACUUCGCCUUGAGGUGGUUCUACGACCCCGAGAGCCAGAGCUGCGGCCGCUUCUGGUACAGCGGCUGCGGGGACAACGGCAACAACUUCGCCACGGAGGCGGACUGUGAAAAGGCCUGCAUGCAUGCACACAUCAGUCCUGGCGUCAUUUCGACCAUCGGGACCUAAGGUGACGGGCCGGACACGUACCUCUUCCCGCAGCGCAGGACUCCGCUGUUCCCGCCUCGCCCGCCGCCCUCGUAGAAGCUCUGGGCAGCGCAGGCCGUGCACUGUCCUCUCUGUGCUUUCCCUUCGGAGCAGACUCCAAGGAGAUGUUCUGUCAUUUUUGCUGCAUGACCUAUCAAUAUGGUGCUAAAUGUGUGGACUGAGUGCUUCCCGCCUGGCCCCCCCACGUCGCUGCCCCCCCGCCCCCAGCAGCCCGUUCUCGUGCCCGGCGGAGGCGGGGAGCCCCCUCGUGACGUCUCCCCAGGAAGCCCCGAUUCCCUCCGGCUGUUAUCUAGACCCGCUUAGCUCCUCACCCCGCUGUACGGAGCCUCCCGGGGGGCGGGGCGGCCUCUCUCCCCGGCUGGGUCCGCCGGGUCGGUUCUCCUGCGAUUUCUCGACGUUCUGCGAUCGGGCCGGACGCGCGGACCCAGCCGGCACGUCUGGCCUCGGCUGUGCUCCACAUUCCUCUGGUGUUGUGUGUUUUAUGAAAUUUAAAAGGGGGCGGGAGGGAGUGAAUUUUUAUUUUGUUUUUGGGAAAUCUAUACAAAGGAACUUUUUAAUAAAGUCGAACGGAGGUUUUGUGA